AAGGGGAGCUUCGUCUAGGUCACUUUGACUGACACACAGAGAGAGCGAAACCAGAGAAAGACAAUGGCGUCGAACGCAGCGGCACCGUUUUGGCGCGCAGCCGGUAUGACCUACAUCACCUACUCCAACAUCUGUGCGAAUCUGGUUCGUAAUUGCCUCAAGGAGCCUUACAAGACCGAAGCCAUUUCCCGCGAGAGGGUCCACUUCGCCGUCUCCAAGUGGGCGGAAGGCAAGCCUGAGAAGCCCACUGUUCGUACGGAUACACCCGAAGCAUGAGUUGAGGGAGAUGAAGAAUUGCUCAUGCGCUUGCGUUACACAGAUGCUUUUUUUUUUGUUUUUGUUGUCAAUUGAUAGAUGUGAUCUGUGUUUCUGCAUGAUCUUUCUGCUAUAAUAAUGUAAUCGACACUGAUGAAGUGCUUGGUUAUUCUGUAGCGUAAUGUAUGUGACCAAAUGUCAAAUUGCAUUUCUCGCA